ACAUUUAUUCUCUCAACUUAAAUUCACAUACAAAUCCUUUGUUCAUCCCAAAAGCCUCAGGAUCCCCAUGGAUGAGGCUAUUGAACUAGCUCAAGUUCAUAGAAGGGGUAACCAAAGAGACCAGCGUUCAAACAAAACUCGAAAACUCGAACGGUAUACACGGUGGAGUCGCAUAGGUAUCUACACCAUUUUUCUUGUGUGUGGGCAAUCUGCUGCAACUCUUUUGGGAAGACUUUAUUAUGAUAAAGGAGGGAAUAGCAAAUGGAUGGCUACAUUGGUUCAAUCAGCUGGCUUCCCAAUUCUUCUUCCUUUCCUUUGGUUUUUUUCCCAACCCACCAAAUCUUCCUCCAAACAGCCAAACUUCCUCACAUUUUCCUUCAUUUGCUUUGCUUUUGGCCUUCUUUUGAUAGGAGACAACUUGAUGUAUUCUUAUGGCCUUCUCUAUCUUCCUGUCUCUACUUACUCACUUCUUUGUGCAACCCAAUUGGCUUUCAGUGCACUUCUUAGCUUCUUUCUCAAUGCUCAAAAGUUUACUCCUUAUAUACUCAACUCCCUCGUCCUCCUCACCGUUUCGGCUUCCCUUCUAGCAUUCAACUCUGAGUCUGACACCACGACUCACUCUAGUAAAGGAAAGUACGUAAUCGGGUUCCUUUGCACACUUGGUGCAUCUGCUACUUAUUCAUUGUAUCUUUGUCUUCUUCAAGUGUGUUUUGAGAAGGUUAUAAAGAGGGAAACAUUCUCCAUAGUGUUGGAUAUGCAAAUAUAUCCUUCAAUUGUGGCGAGUUGCGGUUGUGUUGUAGGACUUUUUGGAAGUGGUGAAUGGCGAGGCUUGAGAGAUGAGAUGAGGGGAUAUGAAGAAGGGAGAGUUUCCUAUUUUAUGACAUUGGUUUGGACUGCAGUAACAUGGCAAGUCUCUUCCGUUGGUUUGUUGGGGUUAAUUUUUGAAGUGUCUUCAUUAUUCUCUAAUGUGAUCAGCACAUUGGCUUUGCCUGUGGUUCCAAUUCUAGCAGUGAUAUUUUUCCAUGACAAAAUGAAUGGGGUGAAGGCUAUGGCUUUAGUGUUGGCUCUUUGGGGAUUUGUUUCCUAUAUUUAUCAGAAUUAUCUUGAUGAGUCUAAAGCCAAGGCGAACCAACAAAGUGCUGAUAAUGUAAGUACAGUUUGAUAAAAUCCGAUUUGAGUUAUAACCAUGCUCUCACAACUUGUCCAACCAAGUCCCAAGAGCAAGAGAGGAGUCAAAUCACCUAACUCCUGAAGAAUAAGAAAGAAGACUACAGUGAAAAAGUUUUAGCAUAUAUUUUAGUUUGUUAGAUUUUUUUGAGUAAGUCAUAAAAAAAUGCUACUAAACUGUUUUUAACAUAGGUUUUAGUUUGUUGGAUAUUAUCUUAGUAAACUGUGUGAAUGAAGGAUCGAACCUCUAGUGUAAACGGUAUGUCAAUUACCAUUGAACUACGUUCGCUUUGGCUUUUCAAA